AUGGUCAAUCUUAGUGUUCAAAGGCGUCUGGCUGCGUCCGUCCUUGGUGUCGGCAAGCGCAAGAUCUGGCUCGACCCUGCCGAGCAGACCGACAUUGCGAACGCCAACUCGCGUGCCAAUGUCCGCAAGCUCAUCAAGGAUGGCCAGAUCAUCAAGAAGCCGCUUGUGUCGCACUCGCGCGAGCGCACCCGUAACCUGCACGCCGCCAAGCGUGUCGGCCGUCACACCGGUCACGGUAAGCGUAAGGGUACCGCCGAGGCUCGUUUCCCGACCAAGGUCCAGUGGAUGCGCCGCCAGCGUGUUCUGCGUCGCCUGCUCCGGAAGUACCGUGAGGCUGGCAAGAUCGACAAGCAUCUGUACCACGAGCUCUACCUGAAGUCGAAGGGUAACGUGUUCAAGAACAAGCGUGUCCUCAUGGAGCACAUCCACAAGGCCAAGGCCGAGAAGCUCCGGUCCAAGCACCUUGCCGACCAGAUGGAGGCCCGCCGUCUCCGCAACAAGACCAUGCGCGAGCGCCGUGCCCAGCGGGUUGCCGAGAAGCGGGCUGCCAUCCUCGCCGUCGAGAACGAGGCGGAGGAGAAGCAGUAA